AUGCGGGGUCACCCUGCCCUGGGGCACCGGGACCUCGGCCACGUGGUGGCAGCUGGGCUGUCCCACUGUGUCUCUAGAUGGAGAGGGGGCGUGGCAUCGGCCUUGAGCCCCACCAAUCACUGCGCACAGCAGUGGAAGGGGGCGUGGCUUCCUGCUCCGGUAGCGGCGGCGGACGCGGCUGCCGGUCCGCGGCCACCCCAGCGGGAGCGAGGGGACCCCCGGGAGCUACCGGGGCUGAGCAGAGCAGAGGAACCUCCGGGACCACCCAGAACCGAGCAGGAGCAGAGGAACCCCCAGAACCGAGCAGGAGUAGUGGGACCCCAGCACAGAGCAGGAGCAGAAGGACCCCCGGGAGAAGCCAGGAGCAGUGGGACCACCAGAACCGAGCAGGAGCAGAGGAACCUCCGGGACCUCCCCAGAACCGAGCAGGACCAGAGGGACCAUCCAGAACUGAGCAGGAGCAGAGGAACCCCCCAGAACCGAGCAGGACCAGAGGGACCAUCCAGAACUGAGCAGGAGCAGAGGAACCCCCCAGAACCGAGCAGGACCAGAGAGACCCCCAGAACCGAGCAGGAGGAGCAGAGAGACCCCCCCCCAGAACCGAGCAGGACCAGAAGGACCCCCAGAACCGAGCAGGAGGAGCAGAGAGACCCCCCGCCCAGGACCGAGCAGGAGCAGAGGGACCCCCCAGAACUGAGUACGCGGGGUGCAGAGCUGGACACGCGGGUGUUUCUCGUCCCCUGGUCCUGCCGUGGCUGGGGGGGCUCCUCGGGACGCCCCUGA